AUGGCAGCCAGGUCCUUCACCCUGAGCUUCGUGGGCGACGUCAUGCUGGGCCGUCUCGUCGACCAGCUCCUCCCCCAGCACGUCGAGAACUGGCACGAGCACCACGUCGCCUCGCACUUCGUUGAGCGGCACCCCUCCCUGCUCGGAAAGGGCAAUUACACUGCAUCGUCGCCCUGGGGCACCGCCCUGCCGCUGCUCCGCGACUCAGACCUCACGCUGAUCAACCUCGAGACCGCCGCUACAACCACCAACGAUCCCUGGCCGCACAAGGCUUUCAACUACCGCAUGCACCCGGCUAAUAUUGCGCCCGUGCUGCAUGCCGUGGGUGUCGACUACGCGGGUCUCGCUAAUAACCAUGUCCUAGACUUUGGCACCGAGGGCCUCGUCGAGACUGUGUGGGCUCUCAAAGCGGCUCGCGUUGCUUUCGCCGGUGCCGGCGAGACGACCGACGAGGCUCGCAGACCUGCUGUCCUCCAGCUACCUCGUCAAGAGCCGGGCCGUCAUGCCCCAUCUCAGAGCCCACUGCCCUAUCCCGUACACGUCUACUCGGCCUCCGACCACCCGCGCGACUGGGGCCCCGUGCCAACCUUCCACCUCCUCGACUACUCGCCCGCAACGCGAGUGCGGCUGCGCACGCUACUACUCUCCGGCGGGCCGCGCGCCCACCCAGUCGACACAGACGAGCAUUUCAGUCCAUCCCCCUCCGAACCAGACGGCGAUUCCGAGCCACAUCACCAUCACCCUCGGCAUAGCUUCCAUCACCACCAUACCCGCCGCACCUCCUCGACACUCCCCGCGCCAGCACUCAAAAUCUUCUCUGUGCACUGGGGCCCCAACUACUCUUGGCACCCCUCAGAUCGCAUCCGCUCGCUCGCCCACUUCCUGAUCGACGAGUGCGAUGUCGAUAUCGUGCAUGGUCACUCGUCGCACCAUGUACAGGGCGUCGAGCGGUACCAUGGGAAACUGAUUAUCUAUGGCUGCGGCGACUUUGUUGAUGAUUAUGCGCUGCAUGAGGAUUAUCGGAAUGACCUCGGUGCUGUGUGGAGGGUUGUUGUGAAGGAGCGGGAUGAGGGCGUGCAGUCUUCUCCUUCUCGGGAUGGAAUAGAAAGAGGAAGUAGAGGUCUUUUGUUGGAUCGGCUUGAGAUCUUUCCUACGCGCAUUGAUCGGUUCCGGGCCACGCUGCUGGAUGUCGAUGAUGAGGAUCAUGUCUGGGUGAGGAAGAAGAUUGCGGCGUUGAGUCGGGAGUUGGGGACGGGAGCGAGGAAGGAGUUGGGGGGCCAGGGGCAGGUUGUUGUUGAUCUAGGCGAGGGUUCGUAG